CAACUGUCUUCAAACACAAAAAGCAACAUUUCUUUUCUUCUUCUUCUUGAGACCAAAGGUAAGAAUCAUCCUGCAGUCAUUGCCUGGCAGCGGAUGUCUCGUCGCCUCCCUCUGGGGUCGGAGGCCAGUUGGAGUCGGGAGGUGGGUCCUCAGCAGCAGCAGUGAUGCGGGCUUCAGUGGCAGGCUGCAGGAUGAGCGUGGGCGCACUCAUUAACGGGCUGUUGGUCUCUGUGGUCGCAGCUUUGCUUUGGAAGUACUCCAAGCUGAGUGAGCAUGCUGCCCUGCUGGAGGAAGAGCUACACAUGACACGGCAGUCCCAAGAGGUCUCGCAGGCCCGCAUCGACUAUCAUGUUGCCCUGCAGGCUCUCCAUGAACACGGUACCCGUAUGGUCUGCACUGGCAAGAUGCACACCGACCGCAUCUGCCGCUUCGACUACCUCUGCUACUGCUCAGAGGCAGAGGAGUUUGUGUUCUUCCACUCCAAUACCUCUGUCAUGUUGCCUAACCUGGGGUCCAGGCGCUUCCAACCUGCCCUGCUGGACUUGUCUUCCGUAGAGGAUCACAACACCCAGUACUUCAACUUUUUAGAGCUCCCAGCUGCUGCUUUGAAGUUCAUGCCCAAGCCUGUGUUCGUACCAGACGUGACACUAAUAAUGAACCGGUUCAAUCCCGACAACCUAAUGCAUGUAUUCCAUGAUGAUCUACUUCCAGCCUACUAUACCAUGAAACAGUAUUCGGACCUGGAUGACGAGGCUCGUCUGGUGUUCAUGGAGGGCUGGGGUGAAGGCCCACACUUUGAUCUCUACCGGCUUCUGAGCAGCAAGCAGCCACUGCUCAAAGAACAGCUUAGGAACUUUGGAAAGCUAAUGUGUUUUACCAAAUCUUAUGUUGGCUUGUCCAAAAUGACCACCUGGUACCAGUACGGAUUUGUCCAGCCACAAGGGCCCAAAGCUAACAUCUUGGUCUCAGGGAACGAGAUCCGGCAGUUUGCCGAGGCUCUGAUGGAAAAGAUGAACAUCACAAGGUUAGAGGAGGCAGAGAAAGAUGGAGGGAGCGUAGAAGAUGAGAAGGAGAAAAAGGAUGAAUACAUUGUUGUGUUCAGUCGUUCAACAACAAGGCUAAUACUGAAUGAAGCUGAGCUAAUCAUGGCACUGGCCCAAGAGUUCCAGAUGAGAGUGGUCACAGUUUCUCUAGAGGAACAGUCUUUCCCCAGCAUUGUCCAGGUGAUCAGUGGUGCUUCCAUGUUAGUUAGUAUGCAUGGAGCUCAGCUUAUCGCCUCACUCUUCCUCCCCAGAGGAUCUACUGUGGUGGAGCUGUUCCCCUUUGCUGUGAACUCAGAGCAGUACACUCCAUAUAAAACCCUUGCCUCCCUUCCAGGCAUGGACCUUCACUAUAUUUCCUGGAGGAACACUCAGGAGGAGAACACUGUCACCCAUCCAGACAGACCCUGGGAACAAGGAGGCAUUGUUCAUUUGGAGAAAGAGGAGCAGGAGCGAAUACUGAACAGCAAAGACGUCCCGAGGCACCUGUGCUGCCGCAACCCAGAGUGGCUCUUCCGAAUCUACCAGGACACUUUGGUAGACAUCCCUUCCUUCCUGGAAGUCCUCAAGGAAGGAAUGAAAACCAAGCCCGGCUUGAAGAAGUCCAAACCAGCCAGUACAGUCCAUCCAGGCCGGGUAAGAGAAGCCCAGUGUCAGACCUCAGUACAAACCACCAAUGAGGCUAAACUCACAGUCUCCUGGCAGAUCCCAUGGAAUCUGAAAUACCUGAAAGUUAGAGAGGUGAAGUACGAGGUGUGGAUCCAGGAGCAAGGAGAGAAUACCUACAUGCCUUAUAUCCUUCCCCAGCAGAACUACACUUUUUCAGAAAACAUUAAGCCCUUCACCACCUACCUGGUGUGGGUCAGGUGUAUCUUCAACAAGAACCUCCUGGGCCCCUUUGCAGAUGUUCUUACGUGCAGGACCUAAUAGAAGCACUUUGCCAGUUUGUUUCUGUGCAGUUUCUCAUGAAAGCUAAGUCUUGUUUGUUCCAGACAAUCAAUUUGGAACAGUGGACUGGACAAACUGUAAUCAGUCUGUCCAGUGAGGGGUGGUAAAUGUAAAAUGGCUUGUUUCUAUAAUAUGAGAAUAAGCUAUUGAACUCUUGCACAGUGAUGUUUUCCUGCCCAGCACAGAGAACAGUGUGAUGGGUACAACACAAGUAUAUAUCUUGUACCUACAAAAAGAAAGAAAGUGCUAUAUGAUACCAUGUCUCUACUGAUAAUACCAGAAUUCAAAUCAGCAGAUUUAUUUAUGUGCAGAAUAAUAUAUAACAUGUUUUUUAGUAUUAGUCAAAACACUGAUUCUUUACCUUUUACAGUAUGCAAUGUAGCUUUUCUGUGGAGAGCAAGACAAAAUUAGGAUAAAAUUUAGAAUAGGUUUUUUAUGUUUUUUGACUUGUCCAGUGUCUACUGUGUGUGUGUGAUACCCAUGUGGCAUAGUUAAUUACUGAUUGUUUAAUUACAUACAACAUUAUUUGCAGAACCUAGCCAAAACCAAAGCAACCUUUAUGACAUUAUUUCUGCCAAUUGCCAUUCAUGCCAAAUUACUUUCUUAUGUUUUGGGUCUUUCAUGCUACUGUCUGCUAACAAUUAUAUGGUUUUGAACCCUGUCUCUAGAAACGUUGUAAAAGAGUUUUGUAAAAGAAGUAACAAGCAGAAUAUGUUUUUGACCAUAAAAGCACAGUUAGGUGUCUAUCCCUAUCUUAAAAUUGUUCCCUUAUGUGUUAUAAAUAUAAGACACUAAUGUUGUGUUUCUGCAGCGCCCAGUCACAAAUAAUUUACAUCCGUUUUGCUGCAUAAAUAAAUUAUUUUUGCCUAAUUGGCAUUAAUUACAACAGUGAUCAUUAUAAUCUUCUGUGGAGAAUGAAUCUAUUGCGUCUGACUAUAAUUAGUGUAAAAAGCAGUUUUCUUGCCUCUAAGCAGCUAUGCUGCUGGACAGUUGGAUUUAACUGCCUUGUGUAAAAGCAUUUUCAUUAAGAUAACGAGAUAUGUUGCUGCAUACAGUAGGGUUCCACUGCCUUGUGUAAAACUCUGUUAAUUAAGAUAAAAUUCCCAUUUACGUGUGUGUUUGCUUUCCUCAAAGGUUCUCUACAGUAGCUGGUAGGAACAAGUCUACUGUUGAAUUUUAAACUAACACAACAGACGUCCAGAACUGGCUGUUGAAGUUGUUGUUUUUGUGUCAUUUGAUGAUGAAAUGUUGCUUGUUGGUAGCUAGCUAGACUGCAAAAAUGUAUUUAUUUUUUGAGAUACUUGAAGUGGAGAUGAUAGUAAGCGGUAGAAAUGUAGAAAGAGAUGGUUUAUGGAAUGGCACAAGUAAACAAUACACUGCCAACAACAUAUUGUGUAAACCUAUUGUGCCAUUGUUGAAACGAUGUCAUGUACUUUUUCAUGUACUUUAUAUCGAUGACCAGCCCUCUAAACAUUACAGUAACCUCUUUGUAAUGUUUUGACUGUUGGCGACUAUGAGGAUAAUUUUCCUUUACCUGAAAUCAGUCAUGAAUUUUGCCAUGUGUCACUUUUUUUCUUUUUUCAAAAUGAAGUUCUGAUGCAGUUCGGUUUGUCAAUGCACGUUUAAGAGAUUAUGUUGGAGCCACUGUUGUGUGUGCUGAAUGUGACGUUUUAGAUAUGUAUGUGUUCGUAUUGUCGGUUAGAUUUCUGUGUGCCCCUGGCCCACCUUAGCAGGGACAUCAUACUGUAUGUGUUGAGUGAAGUGAGAGUGUACAAGUCACUGUUUUCUACAUUAGCAGAUAGUUGGAGUUUCUUUUUCAGUAACUGUGAAUUGAAUAAAGAAGCUUAUUUCUUA